CUUGUGCGCAUGCUUGUACAUCAGGAAGGAAGGAAGGAAGGAGUAGUCUCUCUCCAAGAUGGCGGCGACCAUGGACAACAGCAAUGCCGCACAGGCGACAAAGAAAAAGCACCUCGGUAUCCCCGAAGCGGUGUUUCUGGAGGACGUCGACUCUUUCAUGAAGCAGCCUGGUAAUGAGACGGCAGACGCAGCUCUGAGGAGGUUGGACGAACAGUACCAGAAAUAUAAAUACAUGGAGGUCAACCUGUCUCAGAAGAAAGCCAGGUUGCAAAACCAGAUUCCACAAAUCACACAGACGCUAGAAAUCCUACAACACAUGCAGAAGAAAAAGGAAACCACAGAGCCCAUGGAAACUCACUUCCUGUUGGCCGAAAGCGUUUACUGCAAGGCUUUAGUGCCGCCCACCGAUAAAGUCGGCCUAUGGUUAGGGGCAAACGUCAUGUUAGAGUACGACAUCGAUGAAGCCCAGGCUCUCCUAGAGCAGAACCUCUCCACGGCAUCUCGAAACCUAGAGACACUCGAGGAGGAUCUGGAUUUCCUUCGAGACCAGUUCACCACCACUGAAGUCAACAUGGCACGAGUCUACAACUGGGACGUGAUGAGAAGGAGCAAAGAAAACCUAAUCAAAUCAGCAGACAAGUCUUAAUAUCGAUGCCUCACCUGCUAAAUAUCUCCCCUUAGUCAAUAAAAAAAUAAAUAAACCCCCUCCCCUCCAGGUCAUGUGUAUGUUCACACCAGAGCUUGGCUCAUAGGAGGCACGUCUGAAAUGUUACCUAGAAGUUGUGGCAUGUUCGAUUUGAUUUCCAGAUUGUCCAGCUUGACCAAGUCAAGCACUCCAAAUGAUUCGAUGUUGGUAUUUUCAGUGUACUUCCUAUUAAGCCGAGCUCAAACUUCCACCACUACUGUUUUCUGUUGAUUUGUUACUUUUUAAAGUAUUUUUUCAAGUAAAAACUAACAAAAAACAAAGGCUAUGAGGCAAUUUUUGUAUUCUUUUUAAUGAUUUCAGUGUGUUCCUGUCAUUUUUUGGGGGGCAGAAUACGAGUGAGGGUCCUCUUGCAUUGUCUUUUCCUCCCUGCAUUUUUCCUCCUUUCUGACCUGAGUCUUUUUUUCCUCAGCCAGCAACAACAUUCACAUACAGGACUUUUAGCUGAGUUACAGUAAAACCACAAUUAUACCGAGUAGAAUGCAGCUUGUAGGAUAAAGAUUAGCUCAACACAAGCAGAAUAUAAGUAGUUUUGCCUUGUGGCUUUGGUGGACUUCGGAAGGAUCAACUGCAGUCCUGCUUCAACCCCGCCGCUCCUCUUCCGUCCUUUAACCCUCCACACUCGACCAUCUCUUCCUCUUCGUCCUCCUCCGACUUUUUGCCGCUGUUCUGUCUGUAUUUAUUUGUCUCUCACUGUACUCAUUAAACAAUGAAUGAAGUAAAAGGAGAACAUUUGGGCAAAGAGA